AUGGAAUCGGCAGCGGCGGUGGCGGCGGAGCACGCAAAGCAGUCUGUUAACAACGUUGCAGAGAGUGCCGCGGACUUUGUCGAAUCAACUACCGACACAGCACAAUCUGCAGACGACGGAAUCAACACAAAUGCAAGCGGGAGUGAUUCUGACGACCCGCAGGCCGAUGGUUCGGAUUCGAACGCAGCGGGAUCAGCUCUGAGCCUGGCGGAGAGGAAAAAGAAGCUCGACGCGCUUCGGAGCCGAAUGCGUGACUCCACGAGACAAAACCGUGCCGCACUCCUUGACGAAUCGACUAAACAGAAAACAACUGUCCGCGAGACCGCACGACGGGAGAAGCAGCUACGUCUUGCCGAGACUCUCCGACUAAAGGCUGAGGCAGAGGAGCGCGGUGAGGACCUAGACCGCAAGAAAAACUGGGAGUGGACGAUCGAGGAGAACGAGGAAUGGGAGAAGAAGAAAAGACGAAAGGAGCGGAAUGCAGAUUUCGAGUUUCACGACGAAGAGCAGCAGGCCCGGAGGCGGUACAAGAAGGACCUUGUCCAUCUAAAACCGGAUCUAGCGUCGUACAACAAGCAAAAAGAACUUGCCAUGGGCCUUGCACCUGGAUCGAGCUCGGGUGCUUCGUCGUCCUCUAAUGCCCUGACGGCAUUCGACCCGCAAGGUGGAACGAUCACGUCAUAUGAACAGCAGCGGGCCGCCGAAGCCUUGUACCGUGACGCGAAUACUUUGUUGUAUGCGGACAACAAGCCGAGCGAAGAAGCGAUCGAUAAAGUUGUUGAAAAGCUUAACAUGGAUCGCUUUUGCCCUGACUUCUCCGUCCUUCUCCUUUCUCCUCGACCUUCGUUUGAGUGGCAAGACAAGCGGAACAAGUUCUCUCGGAAACGGCUUAAUGAGGACGAGGGCGAUAUUACGUAUAUCAAUGAGCGUAAUCGCGUAUUUAACAAGAAGAUCGCGAGAUACUACGACAAGUACACGGCGGAGAUCCGUGCGAGCUUUGAGCGAGGCACGGCGCUUUGA